AUGGCAGGCACACUCACUAAGAAGGAGGAUGGCCAUUCGAAUGAGAGAAUGGACCAGCAAAGUGUCGACAAUGGAGCUCUUGAGCAACUCCACUCUUCAUCGCCGCAAUUCUCACCUACUGCGGAAAGGAGACUCGUGCGAAAAAUUGACUUCACAAUUCUUCCCCUCAUGCUUGUGGCAUAUAUGAUGGCGUUCUUGGAUAAACAGACGCUGAAUUACGCUGCGCUGAUGGGCCUUCAAGAGGACCUGCACUUAGUCGGGUCUCAGUAUAGUUGGACAUCUGGAAUCUUCUAUUUCGGAUAUUUGUUUUUCUCCCUCGUUACUCAUGGUCAAAUUUCCCUGGGCAAAUACCUGGCUACCAACUUUAUCCUGUGGGCCGUAGUUCUUGCCUGUCAUGCGGCCACCAAGAACUUUGCCACUCUGAUGGUAACCAGGUUCCUGCUCGGAUGUACUGAGGCAAGCCUAUCCCCUGGGUUCACUUUGAUCACCUCCCUCUGGUAUCGCACCUCUGAGCAGCCCCUCCGUGCCGGUAUCUGGUUCUGUGGAAACUCCCUUUCUCUUAUCUUCGGCAACCUCAUUGCAGUCGGUAUUCUGCAGAUUAAAGAUAGCCUUAAGGCAUGGCAGUGGCUUUUCAUCAUUUUCGGGAUCGCCACCUUUGCCUGGGGCACACUCAUGCUUUUCCGACUUCCAGAUUCGCCUACCGACGCUAAAUUCCUCACUGAAGAAGAGAGGUUGAUUGCGAUAGAGCGCAUGAGAGCAAACCAGACCGGAUACAAGAACACGGAAAUUGAUCGUCGCCAAAUCGUGGAAGCUUUCACAGACAUUAAAACUUGGCUCCUUGCAGGCCUGAUACUGGCUUGCAACAUUCCCAAUGGCGGCUUUACCACUGUGAGUAUCCGUCAUGAUAUUCAUACAAUUUCUGGAUCCAGUUCUGACGAUGAAAAGUUCAAUGGAUUGGUACUGAAAGGGUUUGGCUACAACACAUUCCAUACGCUACUCCUUGGCAUUCCUGGAGGUCUGAUAGUAUUUAUAUUCGUGCUGAUUGGUGGCAUUGUCUCGUCGAAAGUACCAAACAGCCGCUGCCUAGUGAUUGUUGGAAUGAUAAUCAUCAGUAUUCUUGGAAGCGGCUUGGUCUAUGCUGGAACCUCUACUGCUGCACGCUACGCUGGCCUCCUUCUCAUGGGUAUUUACUCUGCUACGAUGCCAGUUUCCCUGGCAAUGAUCAGUUCCAAUGUGGGUGGUUUCACGAAGAAAACAACUGUCAGUGCCAUCUAUUUCAUCAUGUAUUGCACUGGAAAUAUUAUUGGUCCGCAGCUCUUUUUCACACGCGAGGCACCAAAAUACCAGAGCGGUUUCCUGGCAAUAAUAAUCUGCCUCGUUAUCUGCGUCGUGGUUGGACUUGCCUUGUUAUUCUAUCUGCGUUGGGAAAAUUCCCGGCGAGACAAAAUGAGUCUGAGUGUCGAGCCUUCCGACCAUCAGGAGAAAGAUGGCGGAAUGACUCAAAUGGAUUUAGUGGACACGACUGAUUUGAAGAAUUUGCGGUUCCGGUAUGUUUAUUAA